AUGGGCAGCUCGCAGCGGCUUGCCGCGGUCGCGGCCGUCUCCCAUGCGAGGCACUACUACAAUAACACUCAGCCAAAUGUAAUGCAGACGGGGGCAGCGAAUAAUGUCAAUGUAUUUUUUGUAAGUGCGACCCUAUGCGGGGUGCUGGUUGCGGUGUGCGCAGCGUGCUGGCGGCGCUCGCCCACUGCCGACAAGCCAGACGACGUAAUUGAGUGCCGAGGAGUCUACACAGUCAGCACUGAUGCUCGCCUCCAGGUGCUGGAUGAACUCCCUGGCCCGCCGCCGGCCUACGAAUCUGUCGUCGAAGGUACCUCGGACCAUAAGCCCUGCCAAACGCUGCAGGAGGUGGUAACAGAACCCUGUCCAUGCUGUCAGAGUACAGAGCUGAAUGACAGCAGUGGUCUACCGUCAUACGAGGCGGCCGUCUUACUACGGGACACCCGAUUAUAA